CAUAUCUUUGUGUUCGUUUUGUUCUGUUACUGUAAGUUUCAAUGUUCAUCAACAACUUGUAUGUUCUACCUGUGGAUAAGCCCCUUUAACAUGGGUUGUCAAUUGGGAAUCGGGAUAAUGACAGACCACGGAACGCUAUAAAGUUAACGCUCAACCUUUCAGUCGAACCAUAAAACGUAUAGUUAUGUGCAAAGCGUUAUCGUAUGUUAAAAGGUGUUAUCGUUAGUGUUGCAGUGAUUAAGCCGUUUUAAGAAUACAUGUACACGAAGUGAAACCUUUAACUCCUUAACCAUCAUUUGGUGGACAUAUGUGUGGAUAGCCAUGAUGUCUAUUUGGAUGUCUUGUUUGGUCACUUUCUCGUCGUUACGGGUGUAUACAGUAGCGGACACAAUACCUGUGUUAGACACUCUGGAGAGAAUUGCCAUCUUUGGGACCGAAUUCUCCACUGACUUGCCGGAAUACCAGUCGGUUGUCGUGCAUCUCUUGAACGGAACGGAAAAUUCCGACGUCGACGUCAAGCAAUUCCGGAAGCGGCCGCCAACACUGCAGUACCGAGUGUCGUUCGGCAACGAAACGUUCACGAUUAAUCUGCGAAAGAAUACGAACAUGAUUUCAUCGGGCUGCAUCAUCCGUCAAGUGAACGGAAGCGGCCACUCAACGGUGAGCCCCUGCAUGGAGCAUGACGUCACGUGCUACUACACCGGAACUACUAGCGCCCACAACGACUCCUGGGUGGCGGCCAGCGUCUGUGGAGGGCUGAAAGGGUUGCUCAGUUUCGGCAACACGAGCCUGUUCAUCUACCCCAUGAAGCGGACAUCGGAUCAGACGUCAACGUCAGCGUCGCCCAAUCACGUGAUCUACCGUUACCAGGGAGACAAGCACGUGUGCAAGACGGAAGACGACGUUACCGACAUACUCUAUCCCACUUCUCAAGCACAAGGGAGGCACCAGGUCAACGAAAUGAAAACCAGGUACAUAGAGGCGGGAAUCGUGGUCGACCCUGUCAUGUUGAGAUUCCAUAACGACAACAUUCUUCAGUACGUCUUCACUGGCUUUAACAUCGCGUCGAAGUUGUUCGCAGACCGGUCCAUUGGCACGUUGAUGAAACUCUUGUUGUCAGAGAUCAGUGUGUUUAACUCGUCCAAUGGGUUUGAUGUGAGUGACACAGUGGACGCUGAGAAGACAAAGAAUAGUUUCUGUGAGUGGCAGAGCAAGCUUCACACGCUGAACUCAGCUGACGUUACCAUCCUUUUAACACGACAUGAUAUUGAAUAUGGCGCAAAGGACAACGGGAAGUCCACCAUUGGUCUUGCGUUCCCCUCUGGUGCGUGUAAGAUACGAGAUAAGUGUGCCGUCGUGGAAGAUACUGGCCCCGUAUUCGACCUAACCCUGGCGCAUGAAAUAGGCCACCUUAUCGGCAUGAGCCAUGACAACACAAACGAUAACCACUGUCCUCCCGCCAUCAUGUCUGCGUACGGCAAUUCUGGAGUGGACGCCUUCCGAUGGUCCAAUUGCAGCGCCAAGGAACUCAACAACAACAGGUUCAAUCUUGGAUGCCUUGAAAACGCUCCAGUGAGUGGAGACGUUGACAUGACGCACCUGCAUGGCUCCCAGCUCGCCCCGCUGCCUCUACCCGGCAUGGUGUACACAGCGGACGAUCAGUGCCGUCUUAUGCUUGGUGACCACGCCUACUUCUUCUUCAACCCGGAACAGGACCCCUGCAAAGAGAUCGCCUGCCACACCAAUCAGGGCUACAACUAUUACUCCCAGCCUUUGAUGGACGGGACGGACUGUUACAACACCCGAACAUGGUGCAUGCGCGGCCAGUCAGUUGCGAUGAACACUUCACUUCAGACAGAUACUAUUCCAGGGGGAUUGAGCCCAUGGGUGAGCGCAACGUGCAGUCGAACGUGCGGGGGAGGCGUUAUGUUGCAGACAAGGACGUGCACGGACCCAAAGUGA